UAUAGUCAUCAUUCGCGAUCGUGUCAAGUUAAGCGUGUGCAUUAUAUUAGAAUCGGAAACAACACGAAAAUAAUAGUAUACUAUUAACAGAGAGAAGCCGGCCGCAACGCUUCCUAAACUUCCUUCAGAAGAUUACGACUCUAUAAAGACAGAAAUUAUGCGCCAAUAACGACCAUCACUGACGAAAGUGGAUCUCUAAUAACGUUACCGCAGCACAAUGAUUCGGAAAGUGAAAAAGCGAAUGAUUGCUAGAAGGGAGAAGAAAACCAGCGCGUCCCCAAUUUCUUGGGUCGGUCGAAGAAACUGGAACUUUAUAAAUGGAGUAUCACAAGCACGCAAUCGUCAACCAGUUGAUGACGAAAGUGGAUCAUUCGUGUCACUACUUGAAAUAUCUUCAUCUCCCAGGAACAAAUAUUAUAGUGAUUACAAGAAAUCGUUAAAGAGCAAACAUAUUUCAAUUUGGAAAGUGAAAAAGGUGAACAUUCUCUUUGGAAGGGCAUUUCAAAUUAAGCAAGUAGUAUCAAGCAGUUUGAGUUCGAAUUUUAAGAAAAUUUAA